CAUGGUCGCACGAUUGUGACGUUUCACGGAAAACAGUGACGUUGGUUCAUAUCUGUAUUUACGUUGACUGCUGUUAUUUUUAAUAGUAUCAUGUUUAUGAUUUCAACCAUGUUUGUCAGGCAAUGAAAGUUCUGUUUAUGGCCACUUCCUUUUAAAGACAUCAAAGAGCGGAGCGCGAGCGGCUGUUAGAUCAUCAGAAUACCAGUGUUUGAUCAGGUUUAUUUGCGGUGAUGGCUAUCCUGUUUGCGGUGGUGGCUCGAGGAUCGACCGUUUUGGCUAAACAUGCGUGCUUCUCUGGCAACUUUCUGGAGGUGACGGAACAGAUUCUGGCCAAGAUCCCAUCGGAAAACAACAAGCUCACGUAUUCUCACGGCAGCUAUCUCUUCCACUACAUCUGCCACGAGAGGAUCAUCUAUCUGUGCAUCACUGAUGAUGAGUUUGAGCGCUCCCGUGCGUUCGGCUUCCUCAAUGAGGUGAAGAAGAGAUUUCAGACCACCUACGGCUCGCGAGCUCAGACCGCGCUGCCCUACGCCAUGAACAGUGAGUUUUCCAGCACGCUGGCUGCACAAAUGAAACAUCACUCAGAUCCCAAAGGCUCAGAAAGACUGACGGAAACACAGAUGCAGGUAGACGACCUGAAAGGCAUUAUGGUCCGGAACAUUGAUCUCGUAGCUCAGAGAGGAGAGCGGCUUGAACUGCUCAUCGAUAAAACCGAGAACUUGAUGGAUUCUUCUGUCACCUUUAAAACAACAAGCCGUAACCUGGCCCACGCCAUGUGUAUGAAGAACAUGAAGUUAACAAUCAUCGUCGUAAUAGUCGUGCUGGUAGUGCUGUAUUUUAUCGUGACAGCUGCCUGUGGAGGACUCAGCUGGCCCAGCUGUCGGAAGCAGUAGAAACCUUUAGUAUGCAAGACCACUCACCUCAGAGACUUACACAGGACAGCACUAAACUCCUGCAGUGUUUCCUGUGCGCUUACAAACCACACAUCAUUGUCUUUUCACGUUGAUGUUAACCGUCUAGUUUUGAUUCUUUGAGUUUUUUUCACGGUGUUUUAAUGCAGUUCUAAAGGAUGGAGAGUUUAAAGGAGAAGUCCACCAAUAAAUGAAAAUUCUGUUGUAAUUCAUUUUUCUGCAAAACACAGGAGGUGUUAAUUCACACUGCUCAUCAUCAUUACUAUGUUACGAAAAUAGAAGGGGAUUUAUUC